AUGAAACAAAACGAUAAAAAUCAUAAUGAAUCAAACCAGAAGAUUUAUUCUGAAGAUGAAACAAAAUUAAUACUUCAUGGUCUUCGUCAAUAUUAUGUGAAACUGAAUGAAUAUGAGAAAAAUGCAAAAUUAAUUGGUUUACUUAAUAAAAUAAAAUUUAAUCAAAUGAUUAUUUUUGUUGAAUCAGGACGACGUUGUAAAGCAUUAUCUAAAUUAUUAACUGAACAAAAUAUUUCUACUGUUGAAAUCCAUCGUCGAAUGCCUAAAGAAGAACGUUUACAACGUUGUAAAGAAUUUAAAGAAUUUAAAAAACGUAUUCUUGUUGCAACAGAUUUAAUUGGCUUUCAUAUGGAUUUUGCAGCAGUUAAUAUUGUAUUUAAUUAUGAUAUGUCAGAAGAUGCUGAUACUUAUCUUCAUCGAGUUAUUGGUGCUGGUCGAUUUGGUACAAAAGGUUUAGCAGUAACAUUUGUUGCAGAUGAAAGUGAGACAGAAAUUUUGAAUGAAGUUCAAAGUCUUUUGAAAGUACAAAUUAGUGAAAUGCCCGAUGAAAUUGAUGUAACAACACACAUCGAAAAUCGUUAA